GAUGGGCAACGUGGGUGGUCCAGAAAAUGGGAUCCAGAUGUUUGAGGUUCUAAUUCGUAACAGAUGGUAGGCUUCAACGCCAGUGAAUUUUUGCAUUGCUUGUGCUAACUGCGGACUAUGUUUCAAGAUGUGCAAGAUAAAAUAUGUGAUCGGCGAUCUGUUCACCGCUCCAAACCAGGAAUCAUUAGCGCACUGCGUUAGUGAAGAUUUACGAAUGGGGAAGGGAAUCGCAGUUUUAUUCAAAAAGAAUUUUAGACGAGUCGCCGCGUUAAAGGAGCAGAGUAAGUUUUUUAUUUGUUUUCUUUUGGUUUUUUGUCUGUUUGUUUCUUUGUUUUUAAAAAACUUGACGUCCUAAUAGAAAAGCUGGUGGGAGAAUGCGCAGUCCUAACACAUGAUCGACGUUUCAUAUAUUACUUGGUAAAUAUGACGCAGACAAUUAUACUGCACAGGACCAAAUUUGGUUCAUUACGCAAUCUGGUAAGUGUAUCUUUCCUAUCAUGCAUGUCAGAUUACAAAGAAAAAAGCCAGCCAGAAACCCGCAUAUGUCAGUCUGAAGCAGAGUCUGGAGGCCAUGAAAUCUCACUGCUUAGAAAAUAACAUCAAAAGAAUAUCACUACCUAGGUUUGUAGGAAGUACUGCUGAUAAAUACCCUUAAUUCUUCUUUAUUUGAUAAUUAAACACAAUAUUUUAUCUCCUUCAGAAUGGUCUGGAUGAGCUGGAGUGGUCAAAAGUCUCACAGAUUCUGCAAGAUGUGUUUAAACAGACAGAUAUAAGCCUGACGGUCUACAGCUUGCCCCAAGGCGGAAAAGAAUGCCCUCCUGCUGUUUUCCGCUAAUCAGUUCCAGAUAAUUCUCCCAUCACCCCUAUUUUGGACAAAUACUCUGUUCAUCCCAAGACCGCCGCUCUUAACCAGUUCCAGAUGUCAUAGAUCCUUUCCUUAUCGAUAGAUAAUUCUCCCGCCACACAAGGAGGGGAGGAACCUUUUUUUUUUCUUGCAAGAAGGUUGGACAAGACUCUGUUCAUUCCAGACUUGCUGCUGACCCGUGCCUGUGAUUUUGGAUUUUGUUACUGGACUGGACUGGGCUGGACUUUUUUUUCUUCUUUUUUAAAAGAGAGAAAUUACACAUCCUGGCCAUGGCGGUGCUGUCUGAAUCUCAGUACAAUGAACUAUUAGGGGAUACGGAGAGGAGGACCGGCUUCCCGGGCGUCCCCCAGCUGCAGUACGAUUUACAGGGGGAUCGAGUCAUUACUCAGGCUGUGGCGACCCGCCCGAAAAAUAGGCUCUCUCUGACGAAGGCGCGGCCUUUGUGGAGCGAUCCGCCAAACACCUCGGUGCGCGUGAAACCGGAGCAGAAGAACAUCCGCGAUAUAUUUGAUCCAAAAUCUGUAAUCAACCUAAUCGAUUCGGAAGAACAAGUAGAAGAAGAAGAAAAAGAAGAAGAAAAAGACCUUCUUUACCCGUCUCAACGUUAUACCGAUUCAUCGCGGAAGGAUAGAGCGCAGGAGGAUUUUUCUGGCUCGACGGUGUCCCAGCAAGGAGGGGUUUCUGCCGGGAUAGAGUCCCGCGGCAGAACCAUCACCGGUCUACAAACCGCCGGAUCAAGAGAUCAGUCUGCAGCUCCGUCGUGGGGCGCGUUGAACGCGCCGGUGACUGCGCUGCAAGCGGUUUAAUAACACGAUUAAAUAGUUCCCUGCAAAAUACCGCGCCGCAGCAUUCCGUCAGUCAGGAUCAAAAUUCUAAUGUAAAUGAAUACGCAUCACUUCUACAGAAUUCAAUACUCGUUUUGACCCGACUCUCAUCUGCUUUGGAAGUUUUACAAAAUUCACCCAAUUCAGGGAAUCCUCCAGCUGCAGCUGCAAUUCCCCCUCCUCCUCCUCCUGUGGCGGCCGCGUCUGCCACUCCUGCUGCAAUUCCCCCUCCUCCUCUACCUUCGCCCCCUCCUCUCCCUGCACCGUCUGUGUCAGCCGCGUCUGCAGCGUCUGCUGCUGCUACUUCUGUCAAAACUCCUCCGUUCUCACCGUUGCUUGAACGCGAGCGUUUUAAUAACGUUGAACUUAGGCGUCCCUUCAGAAUUCCUCCCACUUGUGAAGAUUCCGCGCCAGAUCAUGCUUCAUAUUAUGUAGAAAUUAUGAAUCAUCUCGUUGAACUAGCAGAUAAUGCAGGUUCUUUAGCCAGACGAAAUGAUGUUGUUCAGCUAUAACUGGUUGGAGAUAAUUUUAGCAGGCAUUUAAAUAUUCACGUCAGCAAUGAUGACGACAUACAAACAGCUUUUAUGGAUUUUCUGGAUGAAUUGGUGCAAUCGAAUGCGGAGCUCCCAUCGCACGGUGACCUUGAAUUUGUUCUACAAAUAGUAAGAGAUCCUUCCGGCGGGGUGAAGCGCAAAGCAACAAAAACUUCAGCCUGUGAACUCAUCAAUAAAAAAAGACGUCACCUGUACAUAGCACAGAAUUCUGACAAUAAACUUUGUUUCGCUAUCAGUCUAGCCCAUGUCUAUAAUAACAGCUUUACAGACUCAGAGGCUUUACAGCAAGCUAAACAAUGGCAACAUGACGCAGGGCUUACAGAGCAGACGCCCGUCACGUUCACCGACGUGGCCAAAUUUGAAAACCUACUACAAAGAAAAAUCGUAGUGUUUUAUAAGAACUCCAAAAAUCCUGUUCUCUCUAAAUUUGAGACCGAUUUCCGAGAUCGCACAAACGCUUGCCUUCUUCUGUUACACGACCAGCAUUACUUCGGGAUAAAAAACCCAAAGGGUUUUUUCGGAUCAAAACAUUUUUGCCAGCAUUGUUUUUCAGGCUACAAUAACCCUAGCACACAUUUGUGCGGAGGAUAUUGUCAAAUAUGUCGCAAAGCCCCUUGCAUAGGCAAAGAGUACGAUCCUGUAUAUUGCGGAGGCUGUAAUCGGUCCUGUCACAAUUCUUUAUGUUACAACAAACACAAGGAACCCAAUUUCAAGCCUCGCGCCGAAAUCUUUGCGAGUGAAUGCAAGACGACCAAGAUGUGUGCGCUCUGUAAAAGAAUUUAUCACGUACCCAUAACUAAGCAGGAAAAAGGACACGUCUGUGGAACAAAAUGCACCAUUUGCGGUGAAAAAAUAGCCCCUGGCUCUCCUAUAGCAAUCAGCGACCACCUCUGCUAUAUUCAACCUCUCGCUAAAUCCAAUCAAUUGGAUGACAAGAUAGUGUUCUAUGAUUUUGAAUCAUAUUUUGAUCAGAACGGCGUGCACGUACUGUUUCUAGUCUGCGCCAAAACUUUAAAAGGCGAUAGCUGGUUUUCAUACGGUCUUGAUUGCGCUCGGAAAUUUAUUCUUCAUUACAGAAAACCGAUGUUUAAAAAUUAUGUAUUCAUAGUGCACAAUGCCCGAGCAUACGAUAAUUACCUCCUGCUGAGCGCUAUGACCGAAUUGGGCAUUUCACCUCGCAUUAUUAUGACCGGCAGCAAAAUUAUUUGUUCAUAGAUAGUCUUUCAUUUCUUGCUAUGAAGCUUAGUCAAAUGCCAAAAGCGCUGGGUUUUAACGACCAAUCAAAAGGAUUUUUUCCUCAUUUAUUCUCCUCGAGGGAGAAUUUGCACUAUGUAGGACCCUUCCCUUCAAAAGAAUAUUACUCUGUGGAUCGGAUGACUCCGUCCCAGCAGCAUGAAUUUAAUGACUGGUACCAGGACGCGUCCAAAGAGAAUUUUGACUUUGCAAAGCAAGCCGUUCAUUACUGUCGGAAUGACGUAGAGAUUCUACACCAAGCCUGCGUUAAAUUCAGACCAAUAUUUUGAGGAGACGAAUGUAGAUCCUUUUAAAUGCAUAACCAUCGCAUCGGCAUCCAUGAAGGUUUUUCUGACAAAUUUCCUUCAGCCUAAAAUGUUAGCCAUACCAUCACCGAUGGAUUACAGAAAUAGUUCAAAUACUUUCUCGAACGCCGGCAUCCAAUGGCUGGAAUGGAUCAUGUUUGACAGAAACAUAUUUAUCGAACAUGCAUUAAAUGCGGGAGAAAGGAAAAUCGGACCAUACUUUGCAGACGGGUUUUCUGUUGUUUCAGGUAUGCCGACGGUCUUCAGUUUUCACGGCUGUUUCUGGCACGCUUGUUAUCAAUGUUUUAUUCUAAAUGAAAAAUGCCCUUUGAGAGACGUAACCUUUGAACAGAUCCGCGCGGCCAGCGAUGAGAGACAGAAUCCUGCAAUCCAAGUUCGGCGUCCGACUCGAGAUUGUGUGGGAGCACGAGUGGGCUGAAAUGAAGCGAUCUGAUCAGAGGGUGAUUAACUUUCUCAAAAAAAUGAAUCCGCCAGAGCCUCUGGUCCCGCGGGACGCUCUUUUUGAAGGGAGAACUUCCGUGUUCAAAUUGAGACACACCGCAGCUGCUGAUGAAACUGUUCAGUACGUGGAUUUCACUUCACUGUACCCCUAUGUGAACAGCAGAUUUCCUUAUCCUC